AGCUGACACUUAAGGGCUCGACAGAAAGUUUUGUUUUUUUUAACAGUUGGGCCAGUAGUUCAGAUAUUUAGCAGGCCUUAUGGGAAGAAUUGCAAAGAAAAAGCCACUUGGAAAAACAAAAAGAAAAGGUUAGAGUGGACAAAGCAACACAGACAUUGGACAACAGAUAAUUGGAAAAGAGUGUUAUGGAUCUUAAACCCAUUGAGCUUUUGUGGGAUCAGCUAGACUGUAAGGUGCGCGAGAAGUGCCCGACAAGACAGCCGCAUCUAUGGCAAGUGCUACAGGAAGUCAGGAAGGGGUCAUACAUAUUUUAUGUAUCUAAUGAGCAUCACUGAUUUGCAGUUUUUCCAAGAAAAAUCUGUAAAGUUGCACUUCUGUGCCUGUCCACUAGGCGGCAUUAAAACUACACUCUUAUUGUCCACUAGGUGGCAUUGAUGCGUAUAUUUUAUCACACGUGUCACAGUUGUUCUUGACGCCCGUGGCUCACCCGAUUCCACCUGCAUGUCAGCGCUGUGACCGCGGAGCACAAAAGUAUCACGGCGCUCAGACUUCACUGAAGACGACUUGGAACUCUCAGAUUGUAAGAGGUAUUCAGGUGAGAAUGCCUGAGACCUCACAGGUGCCAUGAAUUGGGCUUUCCUUCAGGAUCUCCUGAGUGGGGUCAACAAAUACUCCACUGCAUUUGGUCGUGUCUGGUUGUCUGUACUCUUCGUCUUCAGGGUCAUGGUCUUCGUUGUUGCUGCUGAGAAGGUUUGGGGUGAUGAGCAGAAUGACUUCAUAUGUAACACGGAUCAGCCUGGCUGCCAUAAUGUAUGCUACGACGACUACUUUCCAGUGUCCCACAUACGUCUGUGGGCGCUGCAGCUCAUCUUAAUCACCUGCCCAUCGUUUCUUGUGGUGUUGCAUGUGGGAUACCGCGAGGAACGUGAGAGAAAGCAUCGUAUGAAAUACGGCGAGGGCUGUCAGCGCUUGUACGCCAACACCGGAAAGAAGCGCGGUGGUCUUUGGUGGACAUAUGUUCUGUCGCUGGUUUUUAAGAUGGGUGUCGAUGGGACAUUUGUGUACCUGCUCUACCACAUCUACAAGGGCUACGACUUCCCGACCACGGUCAAGUGUUCCGAGGAUCCUUGCCCCAACGUGGUUGACUGCUUCAUCUCUCGACCGACCGAGAAGAGGAUCUUCACCAUCUUCAAUGUGGUGAUGAGUCUGGUGUGCAUCCUGCUCUCCCUCUGCGAGUUCCUCUACCUGGUGGGAAAACGCUGCUUCGAAUGUGGCCACAGGUUGAAGGGCUUACACCAGAUAAGCAAGGCAAGGUCUAUCUCUAACAUGAUGAGCUCGAAUGCUUUUUUAGAAUCAAACACCAUGAAACUGGGAAGCAAAGAGCAGCCACCACCAGAAUGCAGUGAGGUUAUUUAAUCACAAAAAGAACAUGUGCUUGGAAAAUAAAAGUGUGACCCAGGAAGGCAGAGAAAGAUGGAGAAUCCUUCUCAUGUUCACCAGACCCACUGGAUCAUUCUCAUCUUUUUCUUGGAAAGUUGUAGCCUAUGAAGCAACAAUCUGUUUAAAACUAUUGGAGGGGAGGGAGGCAAAAUGGCAAUAUUUUCUGGAGUCUUUCGUAUGAUUAAAGCAUGUCAAUUCAUGAUUUGGAUGUGGUGUGGCCUUUUAGGCCAAGCUCCAGAAUCUUCUCUCGCCAACGGGCACUUUGGUUCCUUCAUUCAACAGCAAAUACAAAACAAUAAAGACCAGGAAAUUACAUUAAUUACAAUGUAAUUUUUGGCGUUUUCCAACUGACACUUUAUAACACAAAAACAUGACAAAAAUUCUUGCUUAAGCAUUCUUCCCUGCACCUCUUUUUAAUUGUACUUUAUUUUUUCAACCGAAACAACAGGAAAAAAAAGGUGAUGGCAAGAGCCCUUGACAUUUAAAUGUAGAUAGCGGACUCUAAUUUAUACUUAAAUUUAAAUGUAAAUUUGAAUUAGUUUGUUUACAAAUCUAUAAAACAUGUACUAUAUUUAAAUUUGUAUUAAUUUUGUAUUGAAUAUUUUGUCUUUUUUUUUAUUGCCAGGUUUUUGCAUUGUAUAUCAGCUGUUGUUGACGUGUGCCAAAUAUUGUGGUGCUCCAAUCUUAACGAUAUGUCUUCCAAACAAGAAUAAAUUGACAAAGAUUUUUAUUGCUGCCAGGUGAACAAAUUCAAAAGAGGUUGUUUUGUGUGUAAGUGUGUGUUUGUAAGAGGAGAGAUUUCUCAUUCACUGAUAAACAUGUAUCCUUUGUAUUGACUUAGGUUAGACCUCCUUCGAUACAGUGUGUUUAGCAUGGUUUACAUUUUGAGAUUCAUUAAAGUUUGCUUUUUA